CAAAAACAUCGCGUUGACUUGAUGACAGUUUCGAUUUUUGAGGUUAAGUUGUUUUUUGUAAUAAUAAGACAUAAAAUAUCUGAUUAUCACUCGUAAAUAACAUAGUUUAAGCAAAUAACAUGGAAGCUGCUACUCUUCCAAAAAAGAAAAACACUAUCAGUAAAGGAAAACUAAAGAAAAGUAUAAAGAAUGUUUUAUGUAGGCCCGAUCCAGUGUUUUGGCCAGAGAUAACCGACGACGAGGGAAAGAGACUUGAAUCUACAUUGAAAAAACAUAAAAUAGACAUCCCAGAGUUCAAAAAACCUCAUUGGAAAACAUUAAAACAAAUUCCUAAGGAGAAACGUCCAAAACCACCACAGCUUAAAAAAGUUGAUGGUCUUCUACUUGGCAUAAGAGAAUGUACUGAAGCUGUUCAAAACAAAGAAUGUGCAGCUAUCAUCAUAGAAGCUAAAAUAAACCCAAGAAUGAUAAUAAAACCUAUAUUAGAAAUGUGCAGAACAAAAGAUAUACCUGUUCUAUGUCUUAAUGACUUGAGGAAUGUAACUAGAUUAUAUUUUGGUGUACCAACAAGUUGCUUAGGUAUAAAAUGCAACAGCCUAUCAGAUGUUACUAAAAUAAUAGUUGAUUUAGCUAAAAAUCAUCCAAAACCUAAACUGAGCAAUGAUCUUAAGAAAGCUAAUAAGAUUGAAGUAGAAAAUAAAGGAAUAGUCGAGAAAAUGGACAUAGAAGUUUUGAAAACCAGUGAAGUAACUACCUUUCAAUAUUUGUAUAGAGCUAGUAAGAAAAAUCGAGUAUUUGUGCCAAAUGCUUCUGAAAAUGUUAAGCAACCUAAUAAAUUCAUAGGACAAGACUUUAUAGAAUUCUCUGAAAAACCAAAACAAAAGGACAGUAAAGCGUACAUGAAAAUGAUAUUGAAGAGGAUAUCGAAUAAUCCUGAUAGGGUGAAAAAGAAAUAAAUAAUUCUACUAAUAAAAGAGAUGAUUUAUUUUAUAAUUUUAAUAUUAAUAACUAUAAUGUCACAAUAGACACAUAAUGUUAAACAUUCCACAAGGAAUGUAUUUCAGCAAUCAGAAAUGUUUGGGAUGACCUUUAAUGUUAUGCAAAUAAAUUGAAGCAAUCCCUUAACACUUCUCAUUACUAUCAAAUUUUACCUUAAACCUUUUCCUAACAGCAAUCUUGUCACACAUUUAGUUUGUUUCAUAACUUGUAAUCAAAAUAUACUUAUGAUCCUUUGUAGUCAAAGGUUUCAGGUGAAAUUUGAUUAACUAAUUAUAAUAUCAUGCCAUACUCCAUAAAAUGAAUCUAUACAAAUCUAACAACUAUCAUUCUAUGAAGUACAGCAUGGAGAGUAGAUAUAUGUAUCUUACAUUUUCAAUUUAUGCAUUGCAUUUAAGUUUUUAACAGUUCAAUUUAAUAAAAAUCAAACAACAGAUUUGUUCAAUGUCAAACCUACAAUAAUGACUAAAUUAGUCAAUUAUAGCUGGCCAUUGCUUACACCUAAACUUAACCUAAACAAGAUAGUAAACAAUAAUGUCAAGAGGUUCUAGAUGUGCCCUCAAGUACUUGAAUGUAGCCAUAACCAUGGUGCAAUUUAAUCUAAGUACAUUCAUAUGACAACAAAUUGUGAUAACAUGCAUUUUAAUACAAAAUCAUCAUAACUUUAUCUAAAUAAACUUUGUAAAGAUUAUUAUGUAUAUUUAUGCACAAUGUCAUAAACUAUAUAAGUAUCAAAAUAAUAAUUGGUACAUGGUACCAAAUAAUGAUUUAAAUAUGAUCACAUUUUUAGCUAUUUAAAUCGAUAUUAUUAAAUUAUGUAGUAAGUCGUCUUAACUUACCAUAAUAACAUAUAACAUUUUUAAUAGACUAUAUAAUAAAUUGUGAAAUUAUUCACUGGAAGAAUACAGGAAUGAAAAUAAAAAGGAAAAAGAUAGCAUUCUAGUCAAACAGAAAUUAUUCAACUGUACAUAAAGUAUGUAUUUGUACAUCUCUAGAAACUAUUUAAUAAUAAUUAUUAAAUAUCAGCAUACACUUCUCAGAAGCGUAUGUCAGAAAUCAUAGAAUAUGUACAAAAAUAAAUGCCUAUUUUUCAGUAACAGU